AUGUCAUGUCCGAAUAACGGCGCCUUCCUGAUGGAUUCGUUAAUUGGAGGAUCCACUUCGUUCAGCAGCUCGGGAGUGUAUAGCCACAUAUCUGCUGAGUACGGAUACUCAGUGAUGAGAAACGGUGCCAAGGUGGGACCAUCAACACUCCCCAAAAGAGACGAAGAGCCUCCGGGCGCUCUGCAGCUCUCCGCCUUCCCGGAUGCGCCCUACAUGUCAACACAUCUGUCCACAUGGACCCCAGGCUCUAAAACCAGUAGAGACCAGCAACCUGUUGCCCAGUGUUUACAGCCCUGCGCCGUCAAAGAGGAGGCGUUUUGUUGCCUCUAUCAGGAUGAUGGAGGCAAUAACAGCAAACAGACAAUAGAGGCGGCAACUUACAUCCGGCUCGGGGACAAUAGCUGCCGGCCUGAGCACAGCGCCGACUCGUCCAGCCGCUGCUUCCAGGUGUACGGCGGCGAGAGGCCGCAGCGCGCCGAGCACCACUUCCCCUCCGGUUUCUCUCUCACCCAGCUGGCGACAUCUGGCGAAUCUGCGGCAGAAUCGACAGUGAGUGCGUGCGGCAAAUCCGCACAGAAGGUAGAUGACAGAGGGAGCAGCAGGGAGGAGAAGUCCAAGAGUGACAGCUGCUCAGACAACUCCGACAAGGAAUCAAAAGAUGAUUUAACGGCGGAAAAGGCAACGGGAAGCUGGUUGAAAGCCAAAAGUGGAAGGAAGAAACGCUGCCCUUACACAAAACACCAGACUCUGGAGCUGGAAAAGGAGUUCUUGUUCAACAUGUAUCUGUCUCGGGAGCGCCGCCUGGAGAUCAGCCGUAGUAUCAACCUGACCGACAGACAGGUCAAGAUCUGGUUCCAAAACAGACGCAUGAAGCUGAAGAAGCUCAACAGGGAGAGCAGGGAAAGGGAGCACAGCGCCGUUUACAACUACUCCUGA